GCUGGGAGCAGCUGCUUUCGGCCUCUGGGGAAAAUCUGGGAAUCUCCCGGCACGCCUGUGCUGGGCUGGCGGCCAGGGGCUGUGCCUCCGGAAUGGGGCAGCCCCAGGGAAUGGAUACGGCUCCAUCCCUGCUCCAGGAACACGGUGGGUCUCUGGGUCAGGACGGGGCUGCGAGCCCAGCCAGCACUUUCCAGGGACACGGGGACACCCCGGAAACGGUGACUUCCUGGCGGAUGCUGGGAGGGGGCUGAGGGUCAGCAGAGGAAGAGCGGCCACGAGGCAGAACCGCAGCGCGUUGCGCUGACCCCGCACUGCCACCCACAAGGUUUCGGGUCUGGCUGCCACUUCCUUCCUUGGAAAUGUGGUGGGGGCUUUGGGCCCUGUGGGUGCUGAUUCAACCCCACCCUGAACCGGCCUCAAUUCCUGCCAGCACUGACCUGCUGAGGCAGCAGCGCUGCUCGAGGAACGGCGAUCCCGCAAUGUCUGCUGUGCAGGAGAACGGCCCCGGCUGCUCCCUGCAGAGCAAAGGCAGAGCUGGAAGGAUUUCUCCCAGGAAAUCCCACAGGUGGGCUCCCAGCACGAGGUCCUUUCAGGCAGCCGCAGGCAGAACCUUUGUGAUGGUGGGAUCUGUCAUCAUUAGGCUUCAGAGUUAACGCCUGCGUUGUGCUGGGUGAGGCCUCCUGUGCUCAUGGGCUUCUUCCCCUACUGGGGGCUCAGGGGGGCAACGCCGUGGCUGCACCCCCGCUCUGUGCCCCCCUGGGCAGUGCAGAGUGCCUGGCAGCAGCUGGCGUCGGCCCACGAGAUCCUCCUGCAAGCGUUCACUGGAACUGGCCCCAACCCAGAGCUCACGUCACUACGGGGGGGCCGGGACCAGCCAACCCCCCCGGGCUGCCCCUGGAUGCCGCUUCCCCGAAGGGGCCGGCAGGGAAGGUUCACGUGGGGGUUUCAGGCAUGGCGCUGCCAGGUGCUGGGUCCCGUGGCCAUGGUGGUCCCGCAGCCACGCCGGCACCACGGCGAGGGUCCCCGCAGAGGCUGAGAGCCACCGCCACCAUCCCUACUGCAUAGCGAGUUAAUGAGUGACCAGCCGUGACCGGGCACAGCGCCGGCACUGCCCACUGCCAGCAUUCAGCUGGGCACCGCUGUGCUCGGGUGGCACUGCAGCGCCAGGAAAGCCCCAUAGCAGCGCAGCACAGGAGCACCCGGCGCCCGGGAUUUGCAUGCGGGUGAUUAAGACAAUGAGGCAAUCAGCACUGUUGCCACAUCAGUGUGAAUCCCCACAGCCCUCUAUAAAAUGCCCCGAUCGAUGAGGGCGCGCAGAGCGGGGCAGGGCACUGUGCCGGGCCGGGCUGUGCUGCAGGAGGAGACACAGAGCUGUACACCAUGUGCUGCCUCACCCAUGUGCUGGCGCUGGCGCUGGUGCUGGGCGCUUCGUGGCAGGCGCUGCAUGGAGCUCCGCUGGCCGAGCUCUCGGGGGACCACGACUUCCAGCUCUUCCUGCACAAGAACCUGGAGUUCACCCGCAAGAUCCGGGGGGACGUGGCUGUACUGCAGCGCGUGGUGUGUGACACCUUCCAGCUGUGCACAGAGGAAGAGCUGCAGCUGGUGCAGCCGGACCCACCCCUCCUGCAGGCACCGCUGGAUCAGUGCCACAAGCGCGGCUUCCAGGCGGAGAUGUGCUUCGGUCAGAUCCGCGCCGGGCUGCACGCCUACCAGGACUCGCUGGGUGCCGUCCUGCAGCUGCUGCCCGAACACACGGCGCUGGUGGAGACGCUGCAGUUGGACGCCGCCAACCUCUCCACCAACAUCCAGCAGCAGAUGGAGGACCUGGGCCUGGACACGGUGACGCUCCCGGCUGAGCACCGCAGCCCCCCACCCACCUUCUCCACCGACUUCCAGCAGCAGGUCGGAGGAUUCUUCAUCCUGGCCAACUUCCAGCGCUUCCUGGAGACGGCGUACCGCGCGCUGCGGCACCUCGCCCGCCUCUGACGCCCUCCGCUCCCCCGCGCCCCUCCCCGCUUAUUUAAUAUUUAUGGCUAUUUAAUAUUUAUCCGGCCGGGGGGUCCCGCCGCCCCCCAGCCCCCACGCAGGGUGCCGGCCCUGCGCUGCCGUCCGUGCACGGGUCUCUGUGCAGCACCAGCCAUGUUUAAUAUUUAAACACAAGCGUAUCUCUGCUAUGAGGUUUGUGCCGGUGUCCCCAUGGGGAACCUUCAUCCACUCCGAGGAUGCUCUGAGCAGCACCGCGUGGCUGCAGGGAUGGAGCUGCGGUGUCACCGCUCCCGGGCUCGUUUCUAGGAGCUGUUGGGUAAGGAGGGAGGGGAGCACAGCCCGGGAUGGGGUCCCGCUGUUGGGGCUGAGGCUCCGCUCUGCCCGCACCGAGCUCCUAUUUAUUGCAGUGUAACUUAUUUGUGUCCCCACACCUACGUUUGUAUCUCAGAAUCUCACAGCUGCUCCGGUCCUCGGGCGGUGUUUUGUACUCUAUUUAUUCCUGCAGCUGGGUCAGCCCCAGAGCAGCGUGUGCUGUUUUUUAUAUAUGUCACAACGAUGGAAAUAAACUCUAUUUUGGCUCCAA